AUGGAUAUCGGUGGUGUGGAUACUGCGCGAGACGUGCAGCGUCUGGAGCGGCUCUCUUACGACGAUGAUGACGAAGGAUUGCCGCUCCGAUCUGGUGACAUUCCAAACUUGUACCAUUGGCGUCACAUUGGGUUGUUAGUGCAGUAUGCAGCUGUAGGCUUACUGUACGGCGGACUGCCACGGACGGUGUAUCCGCUCCUGAAUAAUUUUCUGCACAUGAACGGCUACCAAACGCUAUCCGCGCGUGUGUUGCUGUCCUUGCCAUGGUCGUUCAAAGUGCUGAUUGGAGUUGUGUCCGACUGUUUCCCUAUUUUUCGCUCUCGUCGUCGCGCAUACAUGGUCAUUGGAUGGAUCAUUUGCUCUACCAUGCUGCUUAUUCUUGUCUUCGUAAAGCAAGCACCUCCGUACUAUAUUGACUCAACAUUGCGAGGUAAAGAUCUCACAAAGAAAUCUCCUGCUCAACUACAAGGUCGAGUGAAUUUGCAGGCACCGGAUUCGGGUUCCCUUUACAUUGUACUCAUGAUGUUGGCUAGCUUUGGGUAUAUGAUCGCUGAUGUGGCAUCUGACGGGCUCGUGGUGGAAUUUGCUCAACGUGAGCCAGAAAACAUACGCGGGAACAUUCAAUCGACAGUUUAUCUUGUACGCAGCAUUGCGAUGAUUCUAGCAGCACUACUAGUUGGCUUCGGCUUGAAUGGCGAAGAUUAUGGUGGAUCGUUUUCUUGGUCAUUCUCAGUGAGUCAAUUAAUGCUGAUCUUCUCGCUGCUGAGUCUGGUGGCGAUCCCUGCAGCGGUGUGGCUAGUGCAAGAACCAGCACUUGGAGAUCACAUACCGCAAUUUGGCGAGUACAUGCGCAGCUUGUGGAUUUUAAUUCAAAACUCAGCCAUGGUACAGGUCUUGGCCUAUCGAUUCUUCAGUGGCAUCUUUGACGGCUUCACAGUCACGGCAGGCGACCCGAUUCAGCGCUAUUGGGCUCGCGUCCAUCCGCUCAAUGAGAGCUUGUUCUCUGUGCUUGGACUUGUCGUUUUCAGCGCAGCUCUGUAUGUGACAAAGAGCUUCGGUCUUGGUUGGAGCUGGCAUCGCGUUAUCGCUUGGACGACCGUGUCAGUGAUUGCUCUGGAUGCCAUCGUGGGGAUGCUGACAAUUUGGGACGUAGUCCGGAGUCAGUGGUUCUGGUUAGGCACACCGAUCUUGGAGGAACUACCGCAAGCUAUGAACUUCCUCGUAUCUACUUUUGUUGUCGUCGAGCUAGCUGAGCUUGGCAACGAAGCUGCUGUGUAUGGUCUAUUGACGACGGUGAGCAAUCUGUCGAGUCCAUUCGCCUCGUGUAUCGCCAAGAAUGUUAAUGCACUCUUUGAUGUGGGGGUGGCUGACAUCAUCCGCGACUCAAAUCAUGUUCGCUGGCACGUUACAUGGACAUUUGUAAUUGCGUAUAUCAUGAAGGUGCUGUCACUGGCGUGGUUGCCAUUGCUCCCUCGUCAGAAGCGCGAGACUCAAGCUCUCAAACGCCGUUCUCGACAGUGGUUUUGGGGAGGCGUCGCAGUUGUCUUUAUCUUCUCCUUCGCUCUGCUCUGGUCCGUCACAACGAAUCUUCUCUCAGUCUUCCCGAGUACUGCCUGUCUCGUUCUUGCCGGCGGUUCCGGGUGCAAGUAG